AUGUUAAUCAUAUCGUUGAUUGUUCCAUGUGAAAUGGAACAGAAAAUCUCUUUGAUAUUUCAAAUUUGUUCAUUAAAUAAAGAUCACAUUGAUCGUCAAAAAUUAAGUCAUUAUUUAGAAGCAGUGAUUCAUUUUCUUCAUCAACCGAAUUCAUCAGAUGAACAGAAGAUAAAAUCUAUUGUAAAUCAACUUUUUCAAUUUGAUCAUCAAAAUAACAAUGAAUGUAUCAUCAACAAAGAUCAAUUUAUUAUUUGUAUGAAGAAGAAUUAUGAAUUAUGUUUGGCAUUUUUACCUCCCAUCGUCUCAUUAUUAUCUUCAAAUGAAAAUGAAUCAAAAACAUCAUGUAAAUAUAAUUCAAACUGUUACAGUCAUGAUUGUCAAUAUUCUCAUGAUAAUCUUCUCUAUUCACAAUGUCAAUGGGAUGUCAAUUGUAUGGAUCAAAGUAAACAACAUCGAGAUAAAUUUUCACAUUCAACAACAUAUGUGAAUAAAUCUUGUCGAUAUGGUGUUAAUUGUCUUAUACAAUUCUCAAAAGAUGGUUUGGAACAUAAUUCAAAAUUUUUACAUCCAUGUCGAUAUGCUGAAUUUUGUACAAAAAAAGAACAUGAAAUAUAUUUAACUCACGAAUCUCUUUGUGUUCGUCUAUGUCGUUAUGAUGGAAAUUGUGAGAAAUUGAUUGAUCCUAUCCAUCGAUCCAAAUUUGGACAUAAGAAUUUACCAUAUUUUUUAAUUCCAUGUCAAUAUCAACAAAAAUGUGUAGAUCAAAGGAAAGAACAUCGAAUGAAAUAUUCACAUGGUGAAAAAGUGAAUGAUGUUGUAUCAAAUCAACAGAAACAAAUGUGUAAAUUUGGAAUUCAUUGUACUGAUCAAAGUGAUGAUCAUCAAAAAAGAUUUUUUCACUCAACUAAAUAA